GAUUAAUACUGCAUUUGUACGACGACGUUUGGUCAUUUGCUAGGCUACGGCUGCGCGUGGAAGUGAUAAGCUUCAGCGAAGCAAUGAUGGCGUAUGAUUGACACUAGGGCCUCGACAGUUGGCGGGUGCGUGUUUCCCUUGUGGGCCGGACAAGGUUGGAGACGGGGUUAAGAUUUAAUUUGAUCUGUGAUGGGGAGGAUGGGAUGCGCGCCAUAUCAGUUGACGUAGGGUGGUUGGCAAGCGGACCCUUAAGUAUGCAACUGCCGUGAAACCUCAGCUGGAGGCUCGAUACUUCCGCGCGGUGACUAGUUUCCUUCGGAGAAGAACCCAACGGCCCUUUUUGUUGACCGUUUCUUAACGCGUCUACUAUCCCAACCUUCCGCGCCCGCCCUUGUCGUUCUUCAUUCUAUCUGUCCCACCACGCGCACUUCGUUGAACAACUCUACCUCACAUCUCAUCACUAGCAUUCAUAUCCAGUCAAGAUGGCGGUAAUAUGGGGUCUCGACUUGAAGGAGAUGCAAUGGGGCAAGUUCAAAUCCGGGUACAUGUUUGGGAAUACAAUGUACCACAACCGCCGCACAAAGUUCGUCAUCUACCAACUCGCGAUGAUUCUCUGCGUUGUCAGUGAGAGUUUGGGAACAGCAGCGCUAUCUGAUUAUGUCGACCAGCAGAAGUUCGUCUCAAAACUUGACGGUAACGUCACGGUUCACAACAAUGACUUUGUCGGUAUCGCCUCGUACAACAUUUUCGUUGGCAUCUUCGUUGCCACCAUCUUCGGUGCUGCCUUCUUCUUCGAUCUUUUCUGGCCCGAGCGACAGGAGUCGAAGGGCGUCAAGACCGCCUGGAAAGUUUGCUCUGUCUUUGCUUGCAUGGCCGCGCUCGCCGACGCCCUGGCGUAUACAUAUAUCGUGGCCAGCAGGAGUGCGUACAUAACUGGUACGGAUCCUGCGACUGGUGGUUCAUUGUUGUCGCAGUUCAAAAAGGCCGGAGAAACUCCGCUUGCGUACAACAAGAACGGGCGCGCGAUUGCUAGUGUUGUAUUCUUGUGGCCUGGCAUGAUCUUCACAUUCGUCAGUACAUAUCUUCUGUGGCACUCAUUAGCCCACAUCGACGCUCACGGCCCGAUGUCAACACACGCCCGCAACGAGAAGGCGGCUACAGAUGGCGCUAGUGUCGCGUCUACAAGUCUCGACGGCACAGCGCCAGUCGCACAACCCGCGCCGACACAUACCAAGCCCGCCGUUAGUACCGUAUAGAAUAGGUUCUUAGGGGGCAAACCACGUCCUGCUCCUGUUGUUAGAGAAACUGAGUUGCAGGGCGAGAAUUUCGAGAUGCAGAGUUUCCAGGAAGGAGUGGAGACUUUGGGUGAAAGCAAUAUUGAAACAGUGCCGGCCGAUGAAAGCGAUACCCAUCCAGCUUUUCGGAUGGGGAGUCCUUUCGGGUUUCGGACGUCACCACCUGAAUAGACUAUACAAGGAUGGACGUCGAUUUGAGUCAGUAGACUCUUUGUACGAUACACGACGAGUUUGUUGGGAUAGAUGUGGUUUAUGGAGUAUACCCCCACAUCUGAUGCGGCGUUCUUACGGAUGAGUGGGAUCUUGAGUAUUGAUACCCCAGUAGCUUGUUUAGUUAUAUGAAAAUGAACCAUAAUAUCUGAC